AUGGCUUCCUCCAACAACGAGAUCCGACCGCUCGUAGGCAUUGUGAACGGCCUCCUCAACAGACAACUGCAAAACAUCUGCAGCACCCACGGACUGCGGACGAGUGGUGUCAAGGCCGAAUUACAGACCCGCAUCAAGAACGCCCUCCUCGAGAAUCACGCUACGGAUCUCGCAAACUUCAAGCGGAUCAAGGACACCAUCACAAAACUGGACAAAGCUCGUUCAAGCCCCUCAACCACGGAAAAUAUGGCCGGCGGCUCUUCAUCCGCAGGUGGCUAUCCCUACUCGCAGGCACCCUACGGCGCAGCAACCCCUGCUGUGCCGACGCCGGCUCAUGGAUAUGGCGAUGGGACCGCCAGCAGCGCCAGUGGGUACAGGGCAGCCACUCACGAUCCCUUCGGUCUUCAGUUCAAGUCCAGCCCCUUCUACACCAUCGAGUCGAGAAUAGGCGAAACCCGCAACUGCGACGUAAUGAGUCAGCAUAGGAACUCGAUCACUAUGAACAUCAGAGUCGGAGAUUACCCAGCCCUCUCUCGUUGCCCUGUCGACAAGUCAUACAGAGUCAUGGUCUUCUGCGCCGGCGACAACCAUGGUAUGCAGGAUGUCGCCUUCCCCCACCAGUCCGAGUUGAAGGUAAACGGGGGUGAGAUCAAGGCAAACCUGCGUGGUCUCAAGGGUAAACCAGGAACCACCCGCCCAGUGGACAUUACAGGUUCUCUACGUUUCAAGCAGACGCAGUACGCGAACACUGUCGAGUUUACCUAUGCCCUGACGAAUAAGGUGAAGAAGCACAACCCGCGUCCGGCCCAAAAGUACUACUUGGCGCUUUUCCUCUGCAAAAUGGUCGCUGUCGACGAGCUUGUUACUAAGAUCAGGGGCAAGAAGAUUGCAAAGGCCUCAGUAAUCACCGAGAUGACCAAGAAGGCCAAUGACCCUGAUGUAGUUGCGACAUCGACAGUUCUAUCCCUGAAGUGUCCGUUGAGCUACACCAGAUUGCGUGUACCGUGUCGAUCUGUCCUUUGCAACCAUGUCCAAUGCUUCGAUGCAAACUCGUACCUGCAGUUGCAGGAGCAAGGCCCUCAGUGGAUUUGUCCGAUCUGCAACAAUUCGGCACCCUUCGAUAAUCUCGCUGUCGACGAAUACGUUCGAGACAUCCUGGAGAAUACCUCACAGUCCUUGGAGCAGGUCACCAUCGAGCCUGACGGUCAGUGGAAGACGCAAUCAUCGCAACCCGAACGGAAGCAGUCGCGGUAUUCUGGCGUUAGCACCAGUAUCGAUGACGAUGACGACGUUCCCGUCGUCACUAACUCUCGUGGUUACGGCAACGGAGCAUUUGGCGGUCCGAGUGGAGGACUGAGCGCCUACAACACACCGACCAAUGCCUCGAUGGCCAAUGGGACACCCAGCAGUGCCUCCCGAGAGCCGUCGAGUGCACCACGAUCCGGAAGCCACAAGAGACCGGCACCGGAGGUUAUCGACCUCACCCUCAGUAGCGACGAGGAUGACGCGCCUCUCGUUCGACCCCCCAAGAGGCAGAACCAGGGAACAUCAUUCGACGGCAGCAGUACCCUUGCAACUGUUGGUUAUCCUCCCGCUGCUAGUUACUAG